AUGGAGUUACAGCGCAUUUCUUUCCAUCUGGAUGCUGCUCUGAGCACCUUUAAUGAAGAGAGCCACGUCUCUCCAAACUUCACAAGACCCCUGACUGUCCAACACACACCUCCAGCGGAACAAAGCCGUUUUAAAAGUAACUUUCCCGAAAAUAGCUACACAAGCAAGCCAGGACGUCCAAACAGACCUUUACACAGCCAGAGCAUGAAGCUCCAGUGCGUUUCUCUUCUCAUUUGUGCUUUACUCAUUGGCGAGUGCUGCGGGUCUCGUCUGGACCGCUGGGUCCGAACUGGACUUCAGUACAUGAAGCUCAACCUGUGCCGGAGGGUCUCUCUGCCGGAGAGCGAGUGCAAGAAGCUGUCCCACCUGCACCUGAGCGGGGUAGUGGUGUACGUGACCGAGUCCGGCUCGGGGAAAGUGCUGGCGAUCCUGCCGGACUCAUACUCGAGCGGUGCGCUGCAGUCCAAGCAGAGCGGCUUCUCUGCGGACGCGAGUGCGGAAGAUGAGCGCAGGGCGAACGAAGAGCUGUACCCGGGCGCGAGUGCGCAUGACGCCGUGCUGCUGCUGGACCCCAGCCCCGGCGAGAGCUUCGGACACCCGGUGGUCCUGUUCUAUGUGGACUUCAACACAACCAAGAAGAAAUGUGCUCAUAUGGACGGCAUUUAUCUGGGGGAGGAGUGCUUGACGAUGGCUGUGAAGACACGUUGCCAGAACCAGCUGAAGCGGAGGAGGAGCCGCAGCGACCGUAUGGCAAGCCGGGCGAGGGCCCGCAGGAGCACGACGGGCAGAACCGGCCGAGCGGAGCACAGCAGCGGCCUCUGUGAGAUUCACUUUCUCCCUCUUGUUGUGGGAGUGAAAGAUAGCAACCGAACCCAGCGCCUGCACUGUGUAGAUCACCCAGACUUUGCCAGAUGCCCGCAGCCUUUGCCCCUGGCCAGUCCCAGCACACCCAUCUCCAGCUGUGAGCUCAAUAAAAACACCCGGCGGUGCCAUCAGCAACGCCUGGCCACACACCUGUCCUGCCGCCUCUACCAGACCUGUGAUCAUGCUGUUCUCCUGUCAGGUGGCUGGCAGGAGCAGAUAACAUACCAACAACAUGCAAAGAACCUGCAGCUCUUCGACCAGAUGCUGAGGAACAACGGCUUCGAUAAGGACCACAUAAAGACAUUCUUUGCUGGGAAUGGACAGGUAGCAGCUAAAGCCACUGAGGGGAUGUAUCCAGCCACAGAGAAAGAGGUGAUCAGGAAUCACAUUUCCUACAUCUGCCGGAAGCAGCACUGUGUGGAUUCUCUGGUUCUGUACCUGAACAGCCCCACACGCAAUGAUGGCACCAUGCUGCUCUGGGACCGCAAUAACAACGGCAUUGCAGAUCUGAAGGAGCGUUACUCUGUGGGUGAACUGUUGGCGGAUCUGGCCGGAUGCAGGGCCAGUCGGGUGCUGCUCUUUGUGGAGCAGAGCUACAGUGGAGUCCUCAGCAAGAGACUGAUGGGAUCUCUCAAACACGUCAAUGUCGUGCUGCUGAACGGACUGCCCUGGGUGCCCACAGCUGAGUUCUGGGCCUCUCUGCACCCAUCAGAGUGCCUCAUAGACCACCUCAGUAAGCACAGUUCUGCGAUGCCCCGACUGGCUGAUGCUGCUCUGGGACUGAUGAACGUGACUCUGGCCGGUGCUCCGUGCAACUCCACCCCUCCUCUCACCGAAGCCGAAAUGAGGAAGGAGUACAUGGGCUGCCAGAACCUCCCCACAGCUCUGUGGUACCAAAAACGGCCCAAGACCGUCAACAGCAGGAAUUGA